AUGCCCCCUGCCCAACCAACCCCAUCACCAGGUCUCAACGUGAUUGCCCUAAUCUCAGGCGGCAAAGACUCGCUCUACUCCAUCCUCCACUGCACCCGCAACGGGCACAAAGUAGUCGCCCUAGCAAACCUACACCCAGAGCAGAAAACCAAGAUAUCAGAUGAUCAAUCCGGCGUGGAAAAUGGCCAAAUCGACACCGGUGACACCGAAGAAGAUAUCGAUAGCUUCAUGUACCAAACUAUCGGCCACGCCGUCAUCCCUCUCUACGAGACUGCCCUAGGCAUCCCACUCUACCGCGCCCCUAUCACCGGCGCCGCAGUCGACACAGCCCGGAUAUACAGGCACGAUGCAGUCGACCAGGCCGCCGAGCACGUCUCCCAGCCAGAAGCAGGCUCCGGCUCCGCAGACGAAGACGAAACAGAGUCUCUCGUCCCUUUACUCCGCCGCAUCAUGCAAGCCCACCCCGAAGCCAACGCCGUCUCCGCCGGCGCCAUCCUAUCCACAUACCAGCGCACCCGCAUCGAGAACGUCGCCGGCCGACUCGGUCUCGUCCCGCUAGCCUGGCUGUGGAUGUACCCCUCGCUCCCGGCGCCGGUCCAGCGGGACGCGGAUCCCGCGGCUAUCGCGCAGGCGGGGCUGUUGGAGGAUAUGGCGAGCUGUGGGUGCGAUGCGCGGAUUAUCAAGGUUGCCUCUGGCGGGCUGGAUGAGGGGUUUUUGUGGGAGAAUGUAUCUGGGUCUGGUUCGGGGCAGGCACUGCGGAGACGGCUCGUUAAGGGGAUGAGUCGGUUUGCGGGUGGGGAGGAUGUGAGGGGUGCGGUUUUGGGGGAGGGUGGGGAGUAUGAGAGUUUGGCGAUUGAUGGGCCGGGUUUUUUGUGGAAGAUGAGGAUUGAGGUUGAGGAUCAGGGGAGAGAGGUUGUGGUUGGUGAGGGGGGUGUGGCUUACUUGAAGUUGAAGGGUGCGAGGUGUGUGGAGAAAGUUGAUGGGAGGGAGUUUACGCCGGAGGAUGUGAGGAGGCCAGCUUUGCUGGAUGGGUCUUUUGCUACGGGUUUGGAUGGGGUUUCGUCGCUUUCGUUGAAUGGGACGGUGGUAAGGGUCUCUGGGGAGGGCGUGCCGUCGCCAGCGUGGUCUGUUGGAGAACCGAAUCAUUGCUUGUCUUCGUCAACGUGGACUAUUUCAAACCUCGUUGCUCCAGAGGCAGGUCCCGGUGCAGACGAGCAGAUGGACGCUAUUGUCGACAAAGUCCAACGUGCAUUAUCAUCCCCCCCCGAGUCCAUCUCAAUCCCUCGCUCUACAGACGAUAUCGUCUUCGCCACCGUUCUCCUACGAUCCAUGUCCGAUUUUGCCCUCAUGAACAAAGUCUACGUCUCCCUCUUCAAAAAGCCAAACCCACCUGCCCGCGUCACAGUCGCCUGUGGAGAUACCCUCCCUUCCAGCGUGAAGGUAAUGGUCUCCUUCGUGGUUGACCGGGGCGCACGAGACCAGCGUCAGGGCUUGCAUGUCCAGUCGCGGUCAUACUGGGCACCCGCGAACAUCGGCCCAUACUCACAAGCAAUGUCUAUCCCUUUACAAGGCGGGGCCAGAAUCGUCUACAUUGCGGGUCAGAUCCCGCUGGAGCCAGCGUCUAUGGAGGUUGCUGCGCAAGACAAGCCCUGGUUCGAGGGGUAUUCCCUGAGAGCUGUGUUGGCCCUUCAACAUCUAUGGAGGAUCGGCGAGGCCAUGGAGGUUGACUGGUGGCUUGGUGCCGUGGCCUUUAUGACGAGUAGUGAGCGUGUUGAAGCGCAGGCAGGUAUUGCCUGGGAAUUGUGGAAGAAGAUGCAUUCCCGGCCUGAGGAUGAUGAAGACGAGGACGAAGGCCCGCAGCUUGAUGCUUGGGAUAUCAAAUACGGACGGAGAACGGAGGAGCUGAUGCCUCAAGCAGCGGGGUCGAGUCUACCCAGGUUCUCGGUCCUGGAUGAGGAGUCUGAAUCAAGUAUCCCGCCUUUCCUGGCGGUCGAGGUUGAUGAGCUUCCUCGGGGCAGUGAUAUCGAGUGGCAGGGACUGGGCAGUCGGUGCCAGCAGGCUACAGUGUGUAGCCUGGAAGAUGGUAGCUCGACAGUUGCGGAUGGACGAUACGUUUACCGCUGUGUGGAGGUUGAUACUGGGAACUCUGAGGCAUCGUUAGAAGAGAGACUUCGUCCGUUGGUCACGUCCCGCAGUCAGACACUGAGUACCUCUCAGGCAAUUUUAUACACCACACUGUCCGUUCCGGAGGGCCUCUGGCCAGGCCAGAUUGUCCCAUGCCGAUCGGUUUGGGGACGGAAGGGACGACGAUUGGCCGCUGCUGUAGUCUUGCAGGAGGAGCGUGGCUUGGAUGUGUAA